CUCGUUCAGUUGUGUUGUCGAACGUCAUCGUGUUUUGCCGCGCAUCAUUUUUUAUUACCGGUUCCCCAUCGGCGUGCGAAACGCGCGAUACGUGCGUACACACGUUCACCAGGCGCAUCGCGUCCGUGAUUGCCGUCGUCAGUCAGAUCACGGACGCACACGAAAGCACUCGCGACGUUCCCAGUCGCUCUCUCGCAGUCGUCGCACACUGUAGCAUGAGGAAAUGUCGAGGAACGCUGGAAAAGAUUUUCCGGUAAGUCCGGAGACUGAGCAGCUGUUAAGUGGUCACGUGUGCGGCGAGUCGUCAAACACGCACGCAGGACUUCUGUCCGAAAUCUCGGGGAUUUCGACGUUACAGAACAGGUUCGGCGGAUUGAGUCGCAAUGCGCAGUCCGGGGAAAUCGGCGGCAAUCAAGUCGCGGUAUUUCCAGUCACUGUAAACAACAACGAAAGCAACGACGAUCCGCCACCUUACUCCGCGAUCCCGCCGCCCUACAGCGCGAUUGCGCCACCUGAUUACAUCAGCUGUCAGCCCUAUGGACUUUUUUCAUUCGGAAACCGGUAUUCCGCGGAGUCGCCGUCCUACAGAGUGGAAAUACCACUGACUUCGUUUCAAACUUCUCUAACUGCGGGUUUCCAUCCCGAAGUGACUGACGGCCAGCAACACACAUCAUAUCCAUCCACAACUUUAACGCCUUAUCGUUUCUUCAAAUUCAACGGAAAUUCUUCAGUGUCGAGAGAAAUAUCGUUUACAGAUAACGGAAUAGUCGAGAAAGUCGACGACAAAAAAACACGAAGAUAUGGCACUAUUCUUGUGGCAGCGGCGGUCAUUAUCUUCCUCAUGCUCUUAUCUUUGAUGGUUCGUUUUAUUAUGGAAAAAAGCUGGUGGCGAAGAUAGCUCGUCGACGGAAAUCACUUUGAGAAGAGUGUUGAUCGAUAAAUUAGUAAUUUAUAAAGGAUCGUUAAGUAUAUAUGUAUACAUGUAAUGAAUCUGCGAUUAUUAGUAUUGAGCGCGGGAUGAUUUUUAUUUUGAGAUCUAAUUAAAUUAAUUUUUAAAGUAGAUACUUAUUGAAAAAAAAUCUCGAGCAAAGUAAAUACUUAUUAAAAAAAAAAAAAAAAAAAAACAAUCUUUGAAACAAACAUGACAGUGAUGAACGAUGUAGUAUUUUAUGUUUUAAUAUUUAUAUGUGAAAAUCAUAAUUAUUGAUCUUUCUAGAUAAAUUUCAUCUAUUAUUGUCGAGUGUAUGUAUAGCUCGCGUAAAAGAUGCCAUUAAUGUAUUUAGUACUAUUUUUGUGUAUCGAAAAGUCAUCUAAAUGUCAAGGUUUUAUAAACAAACAACGCACGACUUCUACGUAUAAUGCGUGAUUUAAUAUCAAAGACGGCAUGUAGCAAAGGUUAUCACGUUUGAUUCAGCAUUACGCAAAAUAUAAAGAGAUAACUUUUUGGUUUUUCUUAACAUAACAAAACUGCUUUGUUAAAACAGAGAAAAUAUGUAAAAUAAUUGAAUAAUUAAAAAUUGUAUAUAAUAAUUAAA